UGUCGAUUAAUUGCAAGAGAGCAGAAGGUUUGUUCCGCGUUUCACCGUAAUUGCAGCAUUUGCUUCCUGCUAUUGUCACAGUGAAAUCUGAGAUGUUCGAUAUCGAAUGUUUGACUAGACAGGAGCACAAUUCGAUAACAAUGAUAGUACGUAUACGGGCUUUCGGCAUCAUAUAAGUAAGAUGCGACUGUUUUUGUGAGCGAGCGAUAAUAUCAGAGACGAUGAACCUGAUCAGCCUUCAUAAUUUAUUCGGUCUAAUUGCCGUCGAGGGCGCCGAACCUGGAGACUGUCUCGUAGUUGACAUUCUUAAUGGUAUACUGUUGGACAAAAUGCCCUGGGGCUACACCGGUAUUUUUGAACUCGAAAAUGGGGGCGGAUAAUUUGCUUGCGAAUUCCAAAGCAGAGCUGCAAAAGCUAUUUGAGAUUUUAAAAGUUUAUAUCUUUCUACUAUACGC